AUGCUUCAUGAUUGUGGGAUGCUAGAGUUUCCUUUCACGGGGGACAUGCUCUCUUGGGUAGGGAAGAGAGCAGGAGGAACAACCGUUCGAUGUCGUUUAGACAGAGCGGUUGGAAAUGCAGAUUGGCACGAGAACUUUCCUCACUCAACUGUGAAGUAUUUGAGGCUAUGGGGAUCAGACCAUCGUCCGAUUCUCGCAGACAUACUCAUUAAGCCGACUAGAAGAUCAAAAAAAUUCAAAUUUGACAAAAGAUGGUUAGAUAAUGAGGAGCUAAGGCAAGUCAUUCUGGAGGGAUGGAAAUCUCCUGAUCUUCCCGCCAAUGCGAAUAUAAUGGAACAUAUUUCCAGCUGCCGAAAAGCCUUGAGUGAAUGGAGGAGACAACAUAAUAUUAAUUCAGCAAAGCUAGUAGAGGAGCUCAAGGAGAAAGUUGAGGGCCUAUACGCAGACGAUAAUGCGACGACUGAGGAAAUUGCCGCAGCGUUGAAAGAACUCUCUGAUGCUCUUAAAGCAGAGGAAAUGUUCUGGAAACAAAAGAGUAGAGUGUUUUGGCUGAGAGAGGGAGAUAAAAAUACUAAAUUCUUCCAUGCCCUAACGAAGCAAAGGAGAGCAAGGAACAAAAUCACGCAGUUACUGGAUGCAAAUGGUAACAUAGUUGAGGACGAGGAAGGCCUGGUAGCCAUUGCUACUAGCUAUUUUCGGCAAAUCUUUGAGUCUUCUAUUCCAGAAGAUAUUGAAGAGGCGUUAUCUGAAGUUCCGACGACGGUCACGGGAUCAAUGAAUGACAACCUUACAGCUCCUGUUACUGAAUGGGAAGUCAAACUAGCUCUUUUUGCCAUGCAUCCAGAUAAGGCACCAGGGCCAGAUGGGAUGACUGCACUUUUUUAUCAAAAGUUUUGGGAUAUAGUCAAGGAGGAUUUAACUCUUAUGGUUAAUAAAUUCCUUUUUGAUGGGACUGUGACUAAUGGAUUGAAUGAUACAAAUAUAUGUCUUAUCCCAAAGACACCUAAGCCAAAUGAUAUGGCUCAAUUCAGACCCAUAAGCCUAUGUAAUGUCAGCUACAAGAUCAUCUCUAAAGUCUUAUGCCAGAGACUAAAGAAAGUCUUGCCAGGAUUGAUAUCAGAAACCCAGUCAGCCUUUGUUGCGGGAAGACAGAUCUCAGAUAAUAUCAUGAUUGCUCAAGAGAUGUUUCAUGCCCUGCGAACUAAACCGAGUGGACGUAAUAAGAGGAUGGCCAUCAAGACAGACAUGAGUAAAGCAUAUGAUAGGAUGGAAUGGUCAUUUAUUGAAGCUGUGAUGCGAAAGAUGGGAUUCUCGGAAACAUGGAUUACAUGGAUCAUGAGGUGCAUUACGUCGGUGAAAUAUAAAGUUCUUAUGAAUGGGCAGCCAAGAGGACAUAUUGUUCCAGCUACUAGGUUAGAGAUCAAAGAUGUACUUGGAAUACAUAAUGAUGGUGGGAUGGGAAAGUACUUGGGAAUCCCAGAGGAUAUUAGUGGCUCCAAAUGUAAACUCUUUGCAUUUUUAAAGGACAAUCUUAUGCACAGAGUUAAUGGAUGGACAGGUAGAUGGCUCUCAAAAGGGGGGAAGGAGGUAAUGAUCAAAUCCAUCUUACUCGCUCUUCCGACAUACGUUAUGUCGACAUUUCUGCUCCCAUUGGAGAUUUGUGAGAACCUUGCUAGUGCCAUUGCACAAUUUUGGUGGAGCUCGAAUCCACCAAAGAGAGGAAUACACUGGGCGAAAUGGGAAAAAGUCUGUCUACCAAAAGAAGAGGGCGGGAUUGGUUUCCGUUUGAUCCAUGAAUUUAAUCUAGCACUAUUGGCAAAGCAACUUUGGAGAUUGACUCAGUACCCUGAUUCACUGGUUGCCCGAGUUUUGAGAGGCAGGUACUAUAGGAUGACCUCGCCAUUACGAGAAGUCUCUGCAAGUAACCCAUCAUAUGUGUGGACAAGCAUUUAUGCUGCAAGAAAGCUUUUGCUUCUCGGGAUCAGACAGAAGAUUCAUUCUGGUUAUGAGAUCAAGGUGUGGGAGGACCAAUGGAUCCCAACGAUACCUGCUAGACCAGCUACACCUGUAGCACCUGUAAUGCAUCCGAAUAUGAGAGUUAGUGACCUCAUUAACCAAGAAUUGAAGGAAUGGGAUGUAGGGCUACUAGAGAAUUAUGUCCACCCCGAUGACAUACCACUCAUUCGUAGUAUGGCUAUAAGUUCUGCCCAUCGCCGUGAUACCUUCUGCUGGAACUACACGAAGAAUGGCCAAUACACUGUUAAAUCUGGAUACUGGGUUGCUCAAAACCUGAUGAAGCCAGAAGAGGACAAGAAAAUACUGGAACCAAGUAUUACUAAACUCCAAGCCUUUGCUUGGACGUUGAAAGCACCAAGAAAGAUGUGUCAUCUUAUAUGGCAAUUGAUAACGGGUCAGGUGGCAGUGACGAGGAAUCUCGCAAGGCGGAAUAUGAGGUGCGAUAAUUAUUGCCCAAGGUGUGGAGAACUAGAGGAAUCUGUAACACAUGCAAUAUUUGAAUGCCCUCCGGCUCUCCAAGUGUGGUCCUUAUCAGCAACUCCUACGAGCACAGGUAUAUUCCCAGUGGCCAGCGUCUACACAAACAUGGACUAUCUAUUCUGGAGGAAGAAUGAAAUCUUAGCGCCAGACCAAGACAGGGAUCCUUAUCCCUGGUUAAUAUGGUAUAUUUGGAAGGCUCGUAAUGACAAACUUUUUAGGGGAAUAGAUAGAGACCCCUUGGAACUAGUUCGAUAUGCAGAAAGUGAAUGUCAAGCCUGGUUCAUUGCAAACGAGAUGAUAUCGCCAGUAGUUCAGGCCAUCAGCAAUGAGGAGAACCAAGUCUUAAGCUUGGGUAGAAGCACUGCGAUGGGCGAUGGAGAAUAUGCUUCAACACUCGCCAUGCCAGAGCUUUGGAACAGACUGCAAGGAGCUGAUUUCAAUGAUAAAAGAACCCCAUGA